GGCAUCUGGAGCUUUACCCAACGCUGGACGGAGACCUCGCAACAUUGUGAUCCCUUCGCGGGCAAAGUGCUUGAAAAGGCAUGCCGCUGGCAGGGGGCAGCCGUGUUUUGGCAGACCAGCAGGUCAAGCCCAAUUGCUUGCCACGGCAGAGCCACACCUGCCCGCCUUUCACUGCUUCGAGGUGGAGCAGUGCGAGAAGACGAUCGCUUGUCUGCAGUGUCACUGUCAGAGCGCAUGCAGCGCAGACCCUGCAAGGAUGCAAAUUGGCUGGAUCGGGGAGCAGUGUACCGGAGGCAGUGUUGAGCAACACAGAUCUGGAGAAGCUAGUGGAAACGAAUGACGAGUGGAUAGCAAGCAGGACAGGCAUCAGGAGGCGACAUGUGCUGGCACAGGGGGAGUCGCUGAGUCAGCAUGCAGCCACGGCAGCGCAGCGGGCGCUGGAGAUGGCAGGGAUCGCCGCGGGAGACGUGGAUCUCAUAAUCCUGGCCACCUCCAGCCCAGAUGAUCUCUUUGGCAGCGCCUGCCAGGUGCAAGCGCUGAUUGGAGCAAAGAAGGCGCUGUGCUUCGAUUUGACAGCGGCCUGCAGCGGAUUUGUCGUGGGGUUAGUCACCGGGGCGCAGUUCAUCCGCACAGGCACCUACCGCAACGUACUAGUCAUCGGCGCUGACGCGCUGUCCAGAUACGUGGACUGGCGAGACAGAGGCACGUGCAUACUGUUUGGCGACGGCUGUGGCGCGGUGGUGCUGACGCAGCAGCAAGGGGAGCAGCCCUGCAGCCUGCUCGGAAGCUCCAUGGCCAGCGACGGGCUCGGGCAGAAACACCUGAAUGCCAUGUACUGCGGGGAGGGAAUGAAGCCGCUGCACGAAACGCACGCUUCGGCGCGCGGCUCCUUUGAAAAUAUCUCCAUGAGCGGCCAGGAGGUCUUCAAAUUCGCCGUCCGCGCCGUACCCACGGUAGUAGAGGCGGCUUUGGCGAAUGCAGGGAGGACGAAGGAUGAGGUGGACUGGCUAGUGCUGCACCAGGCAAAUCAGCGCAUCCUGGACAGCGCAGCGACGCGUCUGGGCGUUCCCUCCGACCGCGUGAUUAGUAAUCUGGCAGAAUACGGCAACACAAGCGCCGCAUCAAUUCCCCUGGCGCUCGAUGAAGCCGUGCGCGCAAACACCAUCGUGCCCGGCAAUGUGCUGGCGCUGGCCGGCUUUGGAGCAGGGCUCACGUGGGCGUCAGCAAUUGUGAGAUGGGGAUGA